GACACUCUUGUUUGUUUUGGCGGGCUUGGAGUUUCCUCUUCCAAAGAGCUGUUGCGUAUAUGUGAUUUCCUCGAACACCUUUUUGAAUUCACAUCAUAUUUCAUGUUAUUUACAUCAUUACCAGAAAAAGAUAACCGAGUGUUUCCAAUCAUUCAAUAAUCUAGUAGAUCUAUUUGAGUGGAAUUGCUUUGUCGCAUUGAGCGCCCGAAACGCAAACAGGAUGGUUUCCACGGACAAUAUUGUUAGAAGGCUUAUGAGAGGAGACUUCUCAGAUCCCGGGCUUUCAAGACCUUCAGAAUCACUUUUAGACCUUGAAGAUGACCAAACGAUGCAAGGUACAUCCGGAGGCUUUCAAGUUGUGUAUGUGCCUGCGCUGUUACCUACAACUAUCCCGGAAAAAGUUCGACAAGAAGCCACAGAACGAUCUACCGAAGUGUUGUCUCAUUAUAAUAGACUAAGACAGAUAUUGGAGAGGCAUGAGGCUCUUAUUCGAAAAAGAUGGAGGAAGAAAUCGAAAGCUGGUCGAUCUAGGCUUAUUUUAAAAGUCUGGCCAGGACUGUCUGCGACUCAUCGCCCAGAGUUUAAUGCAUUAUUUAAAGAGUCGAGUCAGCCAAAAACAAAGGGCACAAAGUACAGAGAAGCCUAUCUAUGGCCAUAUCUCAACGUAGAAGAUUUGGUUAAAGAGAAUCACUUCCUUCUUUUACUCAACUCCAGAGGUCGACAUCCACCUCAUGUCUUCGCAGACACGGAUUUUAAAGCCACGCGACUCGGCCGUGUUAGUGGUGCUAUAAUUAUACCAACUAGUCUUGAUGAUCAUUCUAUAUUGCUUGAGGGAGAAACAGUCGAAACUUAUGGCCGCCUUGUUUCUUUCGACGAAGAUGAAGAUGCUAGGAUAGACAUGUUCACUGGCCUUGCACACUUACCAGGAUGGGGACUUUUGAUCUUGGAAGUACAACAAAGACUACUACAUCUGCUGGUAAAGUGCUGCGAGGCACUGCUCCAGGACAUUGAUGCUGAUUCCUUGAUCAGCGAAGCAUUGAUCAAGCCAGAACCUCCUUUACUAACAGGCGGCUCGGACCGGUUGACCAUUGCAGCCGUAGCUGCGGUAGCGCCCUAUCGCCUACCUUCAAAACUCGAUUUUCAUUGUCUCCAGGUUAUAGUUGAGACUAGACAAAUUUGUGCUGAAGAUUAUAUCCGAGACUUGAGAGAAGAUCCUGGCUGUUUUGCUGAAGCUCUGGAAGACUGGAGCGAACAUACGCAGGAAAGAAUACUCGAUGCCUUUGGAAAACAGGCUCCUUCUCUUGACACUCCGCUUUAUUGGGAAGGUAUUAUUAAAACAGUUGUCUUCAAUGCUUACAGUGAUUUAAUCGUGUGGGAGAACGUCGCACAACAACUUAAGCACCUGGCCUUCCUUCAGGAGAAGUAUCAAUCUGAAAUUAAACCAAAAAAUAAAUUACCAUCAGAAUACAUGAGGGCAUUGUUGGUGUUGAGAUAUACGUUAAACCAAAUAGCGAAAGUGCCAACAAGAAAUUUGAGGAUGGCAGUCCCUGCAUCGCCACCAUUUCGUUCAAAAUACGUUCGCGAGCCACCCGCGCCAGAUUCUGUAGCUAUACGAAUUAAGAGUAAAGAAUCACAGGACGGGAUGAUGUGGCUUCUCCAAAAUCUCUGGAGUGAGUCGCAGCUCUUCUUCAUGACCCUACCUACUGUAGUAGAUGAAAUUCAAAGUAGGGUUGAACGUGAUCCAAACGAAAAAGCAAAAUUUUCGGCUUUGGUUACGCGAAUAUUUUCUGACCUUGACCUCAUCUCGCGGAUUUAUCAAGAAAUGGACAUAUAUCUGCCAUGGGCUGUUGGUUUUGAUAAUGAGCUGGCAAUUAAUCAAGCUCAGAUUAAUGAGGAGCAUUGUAAACAGCUCGGCUUAUUUUACAGUAUGGACCGCCAUCUCGACCCUAUCGGCCUAGCUAAAUUCGGAUCGCCAGCCGGGGGACGUUUCCAUUACCCAGCGGAUGAACGAAGAAACAAACAGAAUACGGAGAGCAUGAGAAAAGCUGAAUAUAAUCUGGAUGAGUUUUGGCAGAAAAUGGAUGAGCUUUACCAAAAAAACACUGGUGAAACAUUGACCCAGGCUGUCAAGCAUAUCUACACCGCUGUGCAUCCGCUCGAACGGACACCCGAAUGGGUCGAGCCAAUAGAGGUACCAAAAACUAAAACCCAAGAUAGAGGUAGUCGCGACGAAGCAUUUUUAAUACCACAAUUUGACUCCGAAGAUAAUGCCAGAUUCGUUGCUCCAAAGCCAAAGUUCAAGCCCAAAACUCGCGGUCCAGCAAUGACCAUAGCAACAGCAGCAGUAGCUCCAACUCCAACUCCAACUCUAAAUCCUCAACCAACAUUCAAAGUCAAAGCCCGAGAAAUCAUGGUCUUCGAAGCUCUCUUCUGGAAACCAUAUCUCAAGGAUCGUCCCGGCGAAAUUCGAUGGACGGAUUUCGUCUACGCAAUGACGUCUAUAGGCUUUGCGGCCGAAAUUGCCUACGCUUCGGUAUGGCGGUUUAAUCCGAUGAAGUUGGUAGUUAAGGAUAAUGUUGCGUUUCACGAACCGCAUCCUUCUGGUAAAAUUUCGUUUCGCAAGGCGAGGGCCAUGGGGAGACAUUUGAGAGGACGGUAUGGAUGGGACGGGGAGAUGUUUGUUCUUGAGUAGAAUUUGGGGAGGCGGUUUAUGUUCGAUUGUUUGAGACUAGAAGGGUUGGUCUGCUUGGAUUUUCUGAUAUGUUUGAAGUGACUAUGGAGUUUUUCAACAGAAAGCUUCAAAUAAGCUGCUGUCAAAGAAUUAGCGUACUUUUAAACAAGGUAGAGCGUUGAAAUAGAACUAACGUAAGAAGGGAGACAGACGUGAAGCCUGUAGAUUAGAUAGAUCAUAAAGCGAAAUGUAAGAAACAUGACUAUGCAUUACGAAUUAUUGGAAUUCAUGAUUGUACA